GGGUAUACAGGGGAUAGUCCAGGAGGCUACCCAUAUCUAUCGCACAGCCGUAGCGAUAGCCGCCAGGUUAUCUACCCGUACCCCGACCGCGCGCGUCAAGGUAGUCGUGGGCAAACAGAUUUAUUGAGGGAUAUGUGUUAGAUUUUAAAGGAUUCGUGAGAGGGACACUUUGUUGACAAGGUCCCAUGUUGGCAACACUUGCUUGUUACCUGUUGUAUGGAUAACAAUCUGUGAGAGGAUCAACGUUUUUACAGGUUAAAUUUCAGAUGUCAUGACCGGCUUUCUUCUCUUUGAAUUGUGAAGUAAUUCAAGUGUUUGACGUGAUUGCAUGACAUACAAACAUAAUUCUUUACAGUUCUUGCCAACGAACAAGUUUGACAAGAUGUGAAACUGUUUUUCAGACCCGGAUUAAAUAUCAAGUGACGACAAGGAAAAUUUAUUAAUCUCAUCAUGUGGACUGCUACAAGGGGAAUGUUUCUGUCCCUUGUUGUUUCGGAUUUUUGAUGAAUUAUUUUUAGGGAGUAAACGAACUUGAAAUAAUUGGCGUGGGCCCAUUCUGUAGCUGACCGAGUGACAAGGGGAUUAUUUGAAUUGAAUCCACAUUUGGAGUUAUAUUGUGGUGUGUUUUUUUAGUAUAUUGUGAAGCCGAGUUUCAAAAUGGUGUUACUCGGAAAUGGAAGUUGGUCCGAUCAGGCCAACAUGCAGGCCAAAGUGUCUGGAAGCUGGUCGGAACAAGCGAUGUCGCUCCUGCUGCAGAAGAAACUACAAGAACACAGAUUAUUGGAGUUGCAACGCGCACCUGCCAAACCAAAGACAUUCCACAUGGCGCCUUCACACAUAGACCACCACGUGCAUUCUCAGUCUACAAAGAAAUCAGAAAUGGAUAAGUAUGAAAGAAUAAUGAAGAUCGGAGAGGGAUCGUAUGGUGUUGUUUUCAAGUGUCGUCACAGAGAAACUGGACAGUUGGUGGCCAUUAAAAAAUUCGUGGAGUCAGAAGAUGACCCUCAGAUCCGGAAGAUCGCAUUGAGGGAAGUACGGAUGCUGAAGCAAUUGAAACAUGAAAAUUUAGUAUCAUUGCUUGAGGUGUUCAGAAGAAAGAAGAAACUCCACCUGGUGUUUGAGUAUGUGGAUGACACACUCCUGGGCGAACUUGAGAGGAAUCCAAGAGGGGUAAAAGAAAAAGAAACCAAAAAACUUGUAUAUCAGGUGAUUCAAGCAGUCAAGUUCUGCCAUCAACACAAUGCUAUUCACAGAGAUGUAAAGCCAGAAAACAUCCUCAUCACAAGACAAGGGGUCGUCAAACUAUGUGAUUUUGGUUUUGCAAGGACAGUCACAGGUCCUGGAGAUGAGUACACAGACUACGUGGCCACCCGGUGGUACCGGGCCCCAGAGUUGCUAGUCGGGGACACACAGUACGGGCCCCCUGUGGAUGUGUGGGCCAUCGGCUGUGUGCUGGCCGAACUCAUGACGGGAGAAGCCUUGUGGCCGGGCCGGUCGGAUGUGGACCAAUUAUUCCUCAUCAGAAAAAGUCUAGGGGAUUUACUGCCUCGGCAUUUAGAAAUAUUCAACAGUAACAGUUUCUUCAAGGGGAUGACUAUUCCUGAACCAACACAGAUGGAACCUCUUGAUUACAAGUUUAAAGAUCAAAAUCCUAUUGCAGUCCAUUUCUUAAUGUGUUGUCUGUUAAUGGACCCUGAUAAGCGCCACACUUGUCAGCAACUCUUGGAACACAAGUACCUGGACUCAACGCGAGAGGGGCUCGAGAGCCGGCCAGUACAUCGACAUCAUCAUCAUCGCUUCAGGCGGCCUCCAGUACAGAAACAAUGGGUAGUUCCAUCACUGCCAACCUUGCAGCCAAAUCCUUUGUCGAACUCUCCGAACCCAGGGAACAUGGGAAGGAUCCCACGGUAUGCGAACCACAGAGGCGACCAUCUUCCCAACAUCUGAAUUUUAGGCCAAGGGUGCAGUCGUCCGGACGGCAACUGAGGGGUUGUUUGUCCGGCCAGCUCCUGGUGGCCUCGUCCUGUUGUCUGGGAGCAACAGAGCAUGUGUUAUUUUGCACUGUUUUGCUUUAAAAAAAGACAGAGUUCUGCUUGUCAACUUCUUAUUCUACGCACUAGGAUCUUGUGAAGGUGUAGCUUAUCCUGGCUUCAAGGAAGACGUCGACGGUACGUCCUGUACACAGUGUCUGCCAGGAAUAGUCAGGGCAGUGAAUUCAUGUUGAACAAGGAAGACUGACAUAGGGCCGUCAAUAAUAAUUUUGUGUUUCCCUUCUCCAUGCUUGGCUGCAGAACAAGUGGGCUUGUGGGUGAAGAAAAUGAAAAAAAAGGUUUUGGUUGAGAUUAUAGUUGAUAAUUUGGGUCUACAAUUUGACAUUUAGCAGUUGCUGUGUCAAAUUUUAAAGAACGAAAAACUGGGUCUUCAGAGAUGGAAAUAACAAAGCAAGAAGCAGAGUUACUUCCCUUUUUUGAAUAACCUUUACUAUAAAAUACGGAUUCGAUAUUUUUUGAAAACGAAAUGUGUUAAUUAUUUUUUGUCAGGGCAUAGAAUCAAGUGGAUGAAUGCGUGCAUAAUGUUGUUUGUCCGGUAGGAUAUGAGAAACACACAAAAAUACAGACAGCCUGAUAUGACAGUCCUUAUUCACUGCUCUCUGAAUUAUGUACAUUUUUAUUCACUGUAUGAAGCAAAUAAUCCUACAAAAUCUCUAAAAUAUGACGUCUAUAAACUUAAAAUAAGGCAAUUUCUUUAACUAGUUAAUAUUUAUUUGCAUUAAGCAUUGCUGAUGCGUUUUUGGAAUGUUAAAACAAAAUAGGUAUACAUUAAAAAUAAUAAUGAAUGUGCAUAACAUUGAAAAAAAGAAUGUUCUCAAUGUGAAAGUAAUAUUAUUUAUGCAAAAAACACAUGGACUCCCUGCUUGUACAAACCCUCCUGCAACAAAUAUAAAUAUUUUUAUUAAAUUAUCCUUGUAGGUUUAGAUAGAGGUAUAUUUCGUUGUCCUCAGGUGAUCGUGUAGCAAGGCAAAGCAUCGUUAAGGAAUAUUUUAUGACUAUGUGGAAAUGUUGCUAGCUUAUGUCCAGUUCCGAGGUCGGCACGCACGUAUAGUUGCGUGAGGACCCAUUCCACUUAUGCAUUCACAAGUUUGCUUACAAAACAUCCAAUCUCACGAACUUGUGAUUUUCUGAUGUUGGCAGCACUUCCAAUCCAUUUCAUGUAGCUUGUGUUACCAUGUGUUAUUGUUGUGUCAUGCUUGUGUUCCUUAAAUUAUGGCUAAUUCUCUAUGCGGGUAGUAACCACUGUGCCUGAUUUGAUCAACAAUGUUUGAUCAACAAUGUUUGAUCAACAAUGUUUGAUCAUUGCCAGAGGUGAUUGGAAAUAUUUCUUUUGUUCUGUAUGGUUUAAAUGAUGACGUGACAAUUUACUUGAAUCGAAUAAGUCUGAGAUGCAGUCAGAGUUUAAAUUUUAAAUUGUGUUAUUAUUGCUAUUUAUGUUAAUUUUAUCGGUCUUUAUUUUUUUGGUAACAAAUCGUUUUCAAAUUGGUCUAUGAUUAACAAUAGGGACUACUUUGGAAAUGCAGUUUGAAAUACGUUAUCAGAAAUUGGAAUAUUUCUUUUUUGGAUUUGAAUUGGUUUUUGACGACUUUUCUGUGUAUUUCAUGAAUGUGUACUUUUGGUGUGUAUUGACACUUAGCUGGCUUACUGGGGGGUAGUUGUGUGGACGAAGAAGCUAGCUUGUUGCACGUGUUAACACCCCUCAACAACCUGUUGUCUCCCUCAUGACAAGGAUUUGGGUCAAUGUAAGGCGUAUAAUUCCCAGUCAGAACCUUAGAUGUUAUAGCAUUUAUACUACAUUGGAUUUCCGUGGACAUCUGUAUUUAUUGUUGAUAAAUGUCAGGAAAUCUUCACACAUUCACUCUCACACUUCAUCCUUGUAAAGGGAAUCACAAUAUGCAACUUCAACACCUAACUCAAAUCACAAUACGGUUUUCUAAUAAGAAGCACUUUUUUAAUGAUUCUUGAUAAUCAGCGUUAUUAUUCAUAAUUCAUGUGAAGAGUAUCUACUGUUUCAUACUUUUUACCAAUGAGCCAUGUUGGGUUGGUUCUAAUCUCGUCUCAGAUUCUUCUGUUGUGACAAUCUCAUUGAAAUCAGAUCUUUUACCCUGAUUGGGUACCUUUCAUCAAGAUUUGACAAACUCGCCAUGUUAGGUCGUGUGACGUGAAUUUUCUGAUUAGUCACUGGAGCUUCUGAAUUGUUGGUGCAAGCCAGCAAAGUAUUCGGAGUAGCAUGUCUGAUUUCAGUAUCUAGUAAACAGAUAUAAACAGGCAGUUACAAAUGGAGAUAAAUAUGACAGGGCUGUUCUGGAUAUUUUAGUAUUUUACACCUUGUCCUUUCUGUGUACUAUCAAGGGAAUAUUUGCAUUUAGUGUGGGUUUUGUUAAGACUGUUAAACUAGUAUGUAACCAAUAAACAGUUGUGUAAUCAAUAAGCAAUUGUGUACAAUCAACCUGGGAAAGGGCCUCCCUACAUUAAUGUAUUCCUUGAUGAGUAAAAUCCUGGAAUACAGUAUUGGACUACCAUUGGCCUUGGAAUAUUUAAGGAUUUAUUUUUAAAUGGAAAUUUUUUAAAAAAUGCGUCGAACUUUAUGAUGAUGCAGGCGGUGCCUGAGAACCAAGACUAUUUUUGUUUUAGCCUUAGAAUAUCAAAUUGGAGUAACAGAUCUGAGUUUAUUGAGCUUGUUUUUUGUCAUUUUGUCAUGUACACCAAUGCAGAAUUGGAGAGUGCCUCAACACUCUAUGGCAGCUCUGAUGUAGGAGUAUUCCUCAUUUAACCUGGUCUUAAGAGGACUUCCCACACAGUUUCUUAAACUUUGUACAGACUUGUGAAUAAGCAGGGACCAAGCUGCUGUCAGGGCAUUUAGCUCACCCUGUAUAUUCCUUUCCGGUUUACUCGGUUGUUAUGUACAUACAUUUACGUGUACCUGUGAUUGAAGCGCAUGUUCCAUGGUGGAUUUGAUGAUGCCUGGUUCGAUUCCUACAUUACAGUCUUAAGCCAAGCACCUGCUCCACUGGCCUCGUCCACAUUUCUCAAGCUGGAUCUGCAUUUUAUAUCUGGAUUGUAUUUAUUGUUUGGUAUUUGUAAAAUAAGGACAUAACAUACAGUAGUAACAUUAAAAGCCAGUAAAAGUUACUCAAGGACGUUUUCACUCAUAUAUGAAUUCAUGAAAUAUUUUAUUUGAAGUCUCUUUUGAAACUACCGUAUUCGAUGUAAUAAGCGCCCCACUCUAAUAAGUGCCCAAGGCGAUAUUUAUUAAUAUAUUAGCUUGUGAACAAUCCCAAUUAGCACCCCUUCCGAUUUAUCAAUGUACACAAGACUUAUUUAUUUGUGUAUAAUACGCACUCGUGUGUUAUAUGCACCCUUAAUUAUGGGCAAUUAAAAUAAAAAUAUAUCUCGUACAUAAACAUUUCAGGCUAUCAGCAUAAACCAUGAAAUUUGUCUUUCAACUCUGGUUUUUUUCCCACCAAAAUACCAUUCUAAUAAGAGCCCCCUAUUUCUAAUUUUGAGAGCGCCCUGGGCGCUUAUUAUGUCGAAUACGGUAUUUGUUGGUAAUGAAAUUUUUUAUCCAUAAGGGAAAGAAAUUGAUCUUUUAGUCGACAGAACGUAUUGAGUAUGCAUACAGAAUGAUAUGCGUGACCCCCAUUUUGUCUAUAUUUCUGUAUUUUAUUGAUGUUGUGUCAUCAUCUACAUCUCAUCCAUGUCUCUGUUUAUUUUUCUUGGAACAAAGUUGGGGUAUUUUCCAACACUUUCACAGACUGAUGUCAAAGGAUAGAACUUUUUGGACCGAUUUUGGAAGAUCAAUUUUUCAACAAAAAAAGUGACCCAAAAUUUGGUAUUUGAACAAGUCCCGUUAAUAUGAAAGUGCUUCUUUGUUUCGUUGUUGUGUUAUGUUGUCACCUGUUGUUAUUCUGUUACCGUGGUUACCAUUUCAUUGAAUCAUGUUGCUAUCACUGUGACAACUGUAUGCAUCGUCACACUGUGCUAUAGUCAGCUGCAAGCUGGACUUCUGAAAUAGGAGACAAAGUGUCAGUUUUGUAUUGUUGUCAUUGUUUUGUCAGAUUGUUAUCUUCACCAUCAUACCAUUAUCAUGAUUGUCAUACUUCUUGGUCUGGGCCUCGUUCCUCAAAGCUAUCUUAGCGCUAAGGUGAUCGUAAGUGCCAUACUUUAACAUAGGCUUGCGAUCAUCAUAGCGCUAAGACCGCUUUGAGGAACGGGGUCCUGGACUUUUAAGUAGUUUAAUGGGCUUGUUAUUGACAUCACUGGGAAUUUUCUUUUCUUCUGAGAUUUAAAGUUAAACGUACACCUUAUUCAGGCAAUUGUAAAAAAUAUUACUAUUUUUGUUGGUUUCUUUCGAAUGAAGACUAUUUCUCACAUUAAGGUUAUGAAGAUGUAAAAUCAAUCUUCAACACAUAUAUUUUCUAUUUUCGUAUAUUUCCCAAAGAUUUUUGCGAGGCAAACUUAAGGAAAGGUUACCUGUUUCUGUUUUGUGUUUUUGUUUUGUGGAAUAGAAACACAUAUUUCACCUGUUUCUUGUUUUAGGAAACAUCCAGGAUACGGACAGUUUUCUGACGUGAAACACUUGUGAUAGCCGUGAAACACUUGUGAUAGCCAUGAAUUCUACCAUGAAAUUGGAAAAUAAGUGAUUAUGAUUUGUCAGAGGUUUCAAAUCAAAGUAACCACCUCUGAUUGAUACAGCUGAUUUGACAGCUGCAUAUUCAUAGAAAAGUAUUUCUUUCUCAAUCACUAGGCAUUUUUUUAAUGACUGAAUAAGUUACAAAAAUAUUCAAAGUAUGUGUGGUAAUACAUUUUGGGCAGAAAACAAUAAAAAUCAAGUUUAGGGACAAGAGAGAGCUUCAAAUAUAGCGUUUUUCUAUAUUGGACAGUGACACAUGUUGUUGCAUCACAAUGAGUGAGUGAGUGAGUAUGGUUUAACGCCGCUUUUAGCAAUAUUCCAGCAAUAUCACGGCGGGGGACACCCGAAAUGGGCUUCACACAUUGUACCCAUGUCAGGAAUCAAACCCGGGACUUCGGUGUAAAGAUCGAACGCUCUAACCACUAGGCUACCGACCGCCCCCACAAUGAGUGAUGUACAGUGUAGAACUAAACCUUGCAAGGCUUACUUAGUUUUCGUUUGUGCCAGUUUAACAAAGGGCAUACCCAAAGUCAAGGCCUGAGCUGGAGGUAUUGACGCUAGGGCCAUGGAAAUGGAGUAUUCUACCUCCCCCCACGUUAUUGUGUUGCCACGACAAACAUGUAUCGUCAUGCGCAUGCCAUCAUGUCACUCAUUAUCUCAUUCAUGUCCGUCCACCCAUUCCGUCCUGUGGUCGCAUCAUAUUACUAUGUUCAAUAUGUUUGUCAAAUGGCCAAAAUUGUUUACAUCAUAAUACUUGUCAAAUUGUUUGUUUUUUCUCUCAACUAUUCCAAUUUCUAGCAAAGGGUAAUAAUUUCUGUUGUUAAUUAUAUCACUAGAAUAAAUACUGAUCAUUC